AUGACGCCUUCACCUUAUGUAUAUAACACGAGGCAAAUUUCUCAUUAUACCCCACAACCAUCUGUUUAUCCUUAUUACCAACAACCAUCUUUACCCCAAUCAUAUCAAUCGAAUCAUAUCCCGCAAAUUCGACAGAUCCCGACUCCGCUACAUCAACCUAGUUAUCCGGUGAUACCAGUUCAAGCAGCUAGUGAUCAUAAACGAGAAAAGAGAGAACGUCAUUUAAAACAACCCGAUUUAGAAGUUGGUGAAGGUAUCACUUUACCUCGAUCAGAUAGAGAAGUUAAUUCAUUCGAUCGACGUGACUCUGUUGUCCCUCUCAAUCAACCUUCUAAUCAUAUAAAUAAUCUUCCUACAUACUCUGAACCUCCUCAGAUCGCUCUUCUUCCUUCACAGGUCAAUCCGACUACUUCGAAUCAAUCCGUUCCGCCACCUCAACCGAUCACUCAAGUAUCAGCAAGCCAAAGAGACAAGAAGUCUAGUAAACCUCAAGCUGGCAAACGAGAGAAGAGUACCAAAGUCACCUUUGAAUCUCCUCACCAAAUACCCUCAACUCCAAGUAAUCUUCACCCAUAUCAAACUACUCGACCUAGCAACCAAGCUACCCCAGAAGUUAUUGGAACUCCUCCCGGACGAUCCUCUGGCGAAACGGGCAACCGAUCAAGUCGUUCCACCCCUCAACAAGAUCCACCGCAUCGUCACCCUUCAAAGGGCGGACGAGUAGCGAACACCGCAUCUAACAUGCCUCGACCUCAUGUUCAUAUCGACCGAUCGGAUAGACGUCAUCCUGCGCAGUAUCCAGAACAAUACGAACCUUUUCACUCGGCGCAAGACCGACAUCAGCAAUUCUACCCGCAUCCAGUGAAUCCAAAUCCCGGUUAUGGGAUAGGCGAAGUUCCCAUGAUGAGACCAAGUCAAGGACAGAUGAGUGAAGGGUAUCAAACUGCAAUGUAUCCUCCAGGAUACGACGUCAGAGGAACGUAUCCACGACAAAGCAAUGGUCAAAUCGAACCAACGAUCAAUCCUCAGAUGUACAAUAGAGGUUCUUCUUACGGACAAGCACAACAACAGUCAAAUCCACGAAGACAAAUCGCAAUUCAGCCUUCAAUCCAGAUUCAAGCAGGGAGAAGAGAUGAAGCACCUGUACCAAUAUCCAAAGAUAGAAGAGAUGUUCCGGUACCAAUUGGGAAAGAUAGGAUGAAAAAGGAUGAAGAAGCUAUCAAACGACAACAUGAAGCUGUCACUCCGCCUCUCAUCAGAAAUACCUCCCCACUUCCGUCCAGUGGGCUUAUGACUAGAGGUAACACCGGAAAUCCAUCAAGACGGACUAGAGAUAGAGGUACUAUCGAACCUAAGUCAGCCCAGAAAACAGUCGCUGCGAAGUCAACCAUAGGUUCUGACAAACAAGGUCAGAAUAGCAAGUCAGAUAAAAUGUCUGGCGGGGAUGAAGGUAAAGAAGAAAGACGAAAAGCUGUGGAUGAGAUAUAUGACGGUUUUAUGGAUGAAGCUAGUUGUGUGAUUUGUAUGAGUGUCAUGGUCGCACCACAUCAAAUCUCACCUUGUGGACAUGUCAUCUGUGGACCAUGUGGGAUAUCAUGGUUUGAAGCUCGGGCUGCAGAAGGUCACGAUCUCAGUUGUCCAUCAUGUCGUAAAAAAGUAGCAAAUGAAAAUACUUUCGUACCUGUCAGAGUUUUAGAAAACAUUAUUGAGAAAUGGGUAGAAGGUAGACAUGCUAAUGGUGGUUGGGAGGGAUAUCAAGAUUGGAAAGAUAGAACUGAAGCUUGGAAAUUACACAAACAAUUCAAUCCAGAGACUUUAUCUAGAGAUAUGUUCCGUCCUCGUCCUCAAGCUGUUUUAUCAAGGUUUCCAGGUGGUGAAGGUAUGCCAUGGGAAGAACUUUUACGUAUUUUACCAGGUACGGAGAUGGAACCUCCCAGACAAAUGGGUAGACCGAGGGAGAUUAGUAUAGAGACGGAAUUCUUCCCCAGGGGUAUGUCGAUGAUGGAACCAUUCCAUCCUAUCCAUGAUCGAGAAGUAGGUUCAGGCCCAAGUAUGGGUUUAGGUGGAUUAGGAGAAGGAUUGUUUCCUGAUAUCGGAAGAAUUAUCGAUGGGUUACGUCUAGCUAGGUGA